AUGGGGGAGAAGUGGGCAAGAAGCGAUAGAGCCGCGAUUGGGGCUGGGCUGUCCCUCUUCAUCCUCCUGACCCUCCUCGCCAGCUCACAGGGAACAGGGUCAGAAAUGACUUUGCAACUGAAGAUGAAGGACUCCUUUCUGUCAAAUUCCUCCUAUGAUUCCAGCUUCCUGGGACUGCUCAAGAAGCUCUGCUCCCUCCUCCACCUCCCAUCAGGGACCAAUGUCACCCUGCAUCAUGCAGGAUCCCCACACCACGUCACCUGCAAAGUCUGAGUGCGGUCGAAGCCUGUGCCCUUCUUGGCUGGGGCAUCCCGUCCCCGGGGUGCAGGUGCAAUGCCUGACCCCGUCUUCCAGCAGGCCCUCACCCUGCUGAGUGGCAGUAAAUAUGCUGAGCUCAGCGACUUGACUUUGUGGGUUCAUGAGCAGAAGGGCCGGCAGCAAAAUGGAAUUGGACACUCAAGUCUCUGACUCUCCCUUGUUAAGCAGAGGGUUUCCAGGGUGGGUGCUCUCUCUCCUAACACCAGUGUCAAAGGCCAGAAGGAAUCUGGGGAAUUAACUGCUUGGACACACACACAC